AUGUCUCUCUCACCCACUAACUUGCGUCCGGCCUCGCCCAUGGAGAAGUUGGUCAAUUUGCCGGCCAACCCGCCUCCCGUGCCCUUCAUGAUGCCCCCUCCGCCCGCUCCGCGUGAACCUUCGGGCUCGUGGAAUGAGUUGAGCAUGGCCCACGGGGCGAUGUUCGACGACAGUAUGCAUCCGAUGCCUGAGUGCAUGUAUUCCCAAUCUUCGAUCGAUAUGACGGAGGAGUCGCAGCAGUCGCAUGUUGCGUCGCUUGAGCGCGAGAGAGCUAGACAGUUCGAGAACAUGAGACAGAUGCAAAUGCUUCACUUUUUUUCCGGACAGUCUGGUCUUGGUCAAUUGUCAGGCUCUUUCGACCACCACGACAAUGUCACACCCGUCCAGCGCUUCGACUUCUCAUCACGCCCUGUUGCCUUCGAAGCGCCUGCUGGGCUGGAUCGAGGAGAAAACUCUGGCAAUGUUCUCGAUGCCCCGCAGCAAUUCCCUGGUUCGUACAGAGACAACAUUAUAGUCCCGUACUCUGUUCGAAGAAAGCGAGUUGGUAGUUUCGAGAUGGACGACGAUGUCAACCUCAUAGACCCGAACUCUGGUCGAAUAAAGCGAGCCGGUAGUUUCGAUAUGGACGACGAUGUCGAUAUGGACUACGGAAGAGACAAGCGCCGAUAUGGUGACAACGACAAGCCGAAGGUCGAGGCCAAGACCGCCGAGGAGCGCAUCGCCUACCUCGAGCGCAAGGUCCAGUGGCUCUCCGACACCAAGGCCGAUCUCGUGAUCCAGCUGCAGUCGAGCAACAGAGACGCGAGAGCCGAAGCCCGCGAGCAACGCAAGAACGAUAGCAAGCAGCGCAAGCACGACAUCAAGCGGGACAAGCGUAGUCGCAAGGACCGCAUGCGCCAAGCCGCCGCAUACGAGAACAGCAUCCAGCAGGGCAUGGGAGGCGACGGCGUCGGCUUCGUGACCCAGCUGCGGGAGCCUUGGCUCAAGUUCCUCCAGAUCUACAACGACAUGCGCCUGCCGGCCGACGAGCACCUCGACGAGGGCAGCCUCGAGAUGCUGCUGCAGCAGGUGCUCGACGGGAAGCUGCGACAGGUCGUCGAGAAGGCCGCCCAGGAGAACAGCGGCCAGGAGGCCGGCGGUGCGGACGACAAUGCGAUCAUGUUGCAGCUGCCUAUUCGCCUGUUUGAGGGUCUGAGUCUGGUCGAGGACGAUGCUAAGAUGAAGGAUGAGGACGGAGUCAAGGAGGUCAAGCAGGUCAAGCAGGUCAAGCAGGUCAAGCAGGUCAAGCAGGUCAAGCAGGAGGUCAACGCUGGGAGUUUCGGCGCGCCUGAGGGCGAGGCCAAGCAGGAAUUCAUGUUUGGGGCCGGCUUCAAGGCUGACGGCGAGGUCAAGUUCAAGGAUGAGGCCAAGUCUGAAGAUGACACUCUGGACUGGGUCAAGGUUGAGGAUACGCCGCAGGCGGUGGAUCAAGACAUGGGGGCUGGUGAUGAGGAGCUCUGA